UCCCAGACCUUUAACAUACUGCCACAAAUUAAAGUAUGUAUUUAACAGCUGCAAAUAUAUUCCGACGCAAUAAAGAAGAUCAAUACACAGAUUGAACCGUGCCCAUUAUUUUUGCUCUACUAGGGCUCACUGGUUGGAAUAAAGGAUAAAGAACCCAUGAACGGUCGCUUUAGACUCUUUUAAAAACUAUAAAAAGAUUUAAAAUUCUGUUAUCCCAACGGCCGUUUUAUUUUUCCCGUUACAUCGAGUUUUAAAAGCUCAACCCUUCCCCUCGUCUACCUCUCUCCACUUUUCUCCCUGUUAACGAAAGAAGCACAAGCACUACUUCACACUCCAGGAUCUUAUCAGAGUCAGAGCCCAGCUUCUUCCCCCUCUACAACUGAUUCCAGCAACUGAAACAACUGUAUUCACACUAUCCCCAUUUCUUCUAGGAGAAGACACCUCAAAGUUGAACUUCCUGAGAUUCCCCACCUUUUACUUUCAGUGUUAUAUCCUCAUUAACCAGCCACUCGCCAUGAAUUCCUGAAAAGCUCCAUCAAAGCAAUGUCUCCGCUUCUCCUCUUCUUCUUCCUUCUCUCUAUCUCCCUUCUAAGCUACACCAACUGCAUUCCUUUGCUUGAAGAUGGCAAAACCUUAGCUUUCUUUAGAAAAUCGAUUCAUUCCCCGCUUUCAGUAUUCGACGACUGGAACGUUUCCAAUCCCAGCUCUGUCUGCUCGUGGUCGGGAGUCAGCUGCUACGGCCAACGCGUUGCAGCUAUCGAUCUCUCUAAUCUGAACAUCUCUGGUACAGUUGAGCUCGCCGGUCUUGAUGCACUCAUAAACCUCUCUCUCGCAGGAAAUAAGCUCAACGGAUUCGUCAACCUGUCAAACUUUCCAAAUCUUCGGUACCUCAAUAUCUCCGGCAAUCAAUUCUCCGGCGGACUCGAAUGGGACUACAACGGCAUGCCGAAACUUGAGGUUUUCGACGCCUAUGAUAACAACUUCACCGCGCCUCUCCCACUUGGCGUUACCAAUUUGCAGAGGCUUCGGUACCUCGAUCUCGGGGGAAACUUCUUUUAUGGAUCAAUUCCUCCAAACUACGGAGGAAUGCUCGCAAUGAAGUCGCUCUCGCUCACCGGAAACGAUCUCCGAGGGAAAAUACCCGGCGAGCUUGGGAACCUAACCGGGCUUAAUUAUCUCUACCUGGGCUAUUUCAAUGCAUUUGAGGGCGGUAUUCCGGCUGAGCUCGGCAAGCUCGGUAAUCUAGUUCACCUUGAUGUCUCCAGCUGCAGCAUCGAUGGCCUCAUUCCUGAGCAAUUGGGGAAAUUGAUCAACCUCGACACCCUCUACCUCCACACCAACGCUUUGUAUGGUGCGAUUCCGGCGGCCCUCGGAAAUCUCACGAGGCUCGUAUACCUCGAUCUCUCCAACAAUGCGCUCACCGGCGAAAUACCGCGAGAAUUCGUCGGCCUCACUAAACUUAGUUUGUUCAAUCUCUUCAUGAACCGGCUACAUGGGUCGAUACCGGAGUUCGUCGCUGGCUUGCCGGAGCUCGAAACUCUGGAGCUCUUCAUGAACAACUUUACCGGCGCAAUACCAGCGAGGCUUGGCUCCAGCGGGAAGCUCCAGCUACUUGAUCUUUCAUCAAAUAAGAUCACUGGAACCAUACCGGAGGAGCUCUGCCCCUCCAACCAGCUCAAAAUUCUAAUUCUGUUUAAGAAUUUUCUCUUUGGUUCACUGCCGGAGAGUUUGGGGAACUGCCUGAGUUUGACGAGGGUGAGGCUUGCGGAGAAUUAUUUCAAUGGGAGUGUCCCAUUAGGGUUAAUUUACCUUCCUCUGCUUGAUCUAUUAGAACUUAACAACAAUUACUUCUCCGGAACGAUUUCGGAAAACUCCGAUCAAGAACGUGGGGAAUCUCGAUUGACUGUUUUAAAUUUAUCAAACAAUCUUUUCUCCGGCCCGAUUCCGGCUUCGAUUUCCACCCUUUCUUUUCUCGAAACCCUGAUCCUCAGCGAGAACCGAUUCUCUGGCUUGAUUCCGGCAGACAUCGGCAGACUACAGCGGUUAGAGAAAGUGGAUUUUAGCCGGAACGAGCUUUCGGGAGAGAUCCCCUCGGAAAUCGGGCGAUGCGCGCAGCUGACCUACCUCGAUCUCAGCGGGAACAAACUCUCUGGCCGCAUCCCACUAGAAGUCGCCGCUCUCGGCGUGCUCAGCUACCUAAAUCUCUCGCGCAACCACCUCUGCGAUUCCAUCCCUCGCUCCAUUGGGUCCAUUGCCAGCCUUACCUCCGCUGAUUUCUCUUUUAACGAUCUCUCCGGACGCCUUCCAGACUCUGGCCAGCUCGCUUUCCUCAACGCAUCCGCCUUCGCCGGAAAUCCCCGCCUCUGCGGCGCCGCCAUCAGCAACCCAUGCGUCCCUUCCUCGGCAGCUCCGACAACAUCGCCUCGUCUCCGCCGCCUCCCGACCAACUUCAAGCUCGUCUUCGCUCUCGGCCUCCUCAUCUGCUCCCUCGUCUUCACCGCCGCCGCCGCGGCGAAGGUUCGCGCCCACCGCCGCGCCGCCGCCGCCGCCCCGUGGACAAUAACAGCGUUCCAGAAAGUAUCUUUCGGCGUAACGGAAGUGCUGGAGAGCAUGAAAGAAGGAAACGAGAUCGGGCGGGGCGGAGCCGGGGUGGUGUAUCUCGGACGCUCACCUAACGGUGACGGUAUUGCAGUUAAAAAACUAAUGGGUUUUGGGACGAACGGUCACGAUCACGGAUUCCGCGCCGAGAUUCGCACUCUGGGAAGCAUCCGUCACCGUAACAUCGUCCGAUUGCUGGCCUUCUGCUCGGAUUCUCAUACAAAUGUUUUGGUAUACGAAUACAUGGGUAACGGCAGCCUGGGCGAGGUGCUCCACGGCAAGCGCGGGGGGUUUCUCGAGUGGGACCGUCGGUACAGGAUAGCCUUAGAGGCUGCCAGAGGUCUAUGUUACCUCCACCACGACUGCUAUCCCAUGAUCAUACACCGCGACGUCAAGUCUAACAACAUCCUCCUCGACUCCAAUCUUGAGGCCCACGUGGCAGAUUUUGGCCUCGCCCGGUUUCUGCUGGACGGUGCCUCCUCCGAGUGCAUGUCAGCCGUCGCAGGAUCCUACGGCUACAUUGCGCCAGAAUAUGCUUACACGCUGAAGGUGGAUGAGAAGAGUGAUGUCUACAGCUUCGGAGUAGUUCUAUUAGAACUCAUCACCGGUCGCCGCCCAGUUGGGGAUUUCGGCGACGGGGUGGACAUAGUUCAAUGGGUCAAGAAGAUAACAAAUGGUGGGAAACAAAGCGUUGAUAUAAUACUCGACUCGAGACUCGCCUCAGUCCCCUUAGAUGAAGCCAUGCAUGUCUUCUUCAUCGCCAUUUUAUGCGUUCAAGAGAACAGUAUUGAGAGGCCGACGAUGAGGGAAGUUGUUCAAAUGCUCUCGGAGUUCACUCGCCAUGUUUCAUCAGACGAUCAGAUCUCUGCAUCCUCUUCUGCUUCGAAGCAGUUGGAGCAGACAGAGCAUUCAAGUCCACAAACUAAUUGUUAUAAGCUCUUUCCAGAUCUCUUGUCCUGAAAGAGAAGGUACUGUAUUGGUAUUUACAAAUGUUUGAUGAAGGAAUUAAGUAAUAAGUCAGCCUCUUUCUUUUUUAUAUUCUAUGGAAGUAUAUAGGGUGACAUGACUAUUGUGUUUAUUAGGCUAAUAUGUGGGGUGGCACCAUGUAUUUAUUAUAUAGAUUUGAGCCACAGGGUUUGCUACUUUUCUCAUCUUCAUUGCUGUCUUGUCCUGAAAAUUCUUUCGUAUCUCUACUUUCUCUAAGUUUAUGUUGGAGGAAGCUAGACCGAUUAAUGCUAGCUUUAUGUGGACUGGCAGUGGACGGCGUGUACUAUUAUGGAUGGAAAGGAUGAGGGUGUACUUUGAUGAUUUGAAUGCAAAGCAAUA